GCACGUGUUUCCAAGUCUUCUCACUGAGACAGAUAAAUCAGAAUACUAACCUUUCUACCGUUUUUUCUUAGCUGAACUCUUCUCCCUCUCUCUCUCUCUGUAUCUAUCUACCUAUCUGCGGCGGUUUCUGGUCACCGGAGAUCUCUACGAUGUCGAUCAAAACUAUUAAAGUCAGCAAUGUUUCCUUGGGAGCAACUGUGCAAGAUAUUCAGGAAUUCUUUUCCUUUUCUGGUGAUAUUGAAUAUGUUGAAAUGCAGAGUUAUGAUGAACGGACUCAAAUUGCCUUUGUUACCUUCAAGGAUCCACAAGGUGCCGAGACUGCAGUAUUAUUAUCGGGAGCAACUAUUGUUGAUUUGUCAGUUAAAAUAGCACUCGAUCAAGAUUACCAAAUUCCACCUGCUGCCUUGGCAUCAUCUGCAACACAGCGUAAUGCUCCUGGUGGUGCUGACUCUGCUUUACGGAAGGCAGAGGAUGUGGUCACCAGCAUGCUUGCGAAGGGUUUUAUCUUAGGUAAGGAUGCUGUUAACAAAGCAAAGACUUUUGAUGAUAAACACCAGUUAUCUUCAACAGCUUCAGCAAAAGUUACUUCUUUUGACCAAAAACUUGGGCUUAGUGAAAAAAUAAGUGCUGGUGCUUCUGUUGUAAGUGGUAGAGUACGAGAAGUGGAUCAAAAGUUUCAGGUUUCAGAGAAGACCAAAUCAGCAUUUGCAGUUGCAGAACAGAAAGUCAGUACUGCAGGAUCUGCUAUAAUGAAGAAUCGAUAUGUGCUCACUGGGACUUCUUGGGUUACUGGUGCUUUUAAUAGGGUUGCCAAGGCAGCUGAGGAUGUUGGACAGAAGACAAAAGAGAAAGUGGUACAUGCAGAAGAGGAACAGAAGCGAAAAGUAGAAGACCAAUAUGCACAGGUCCUUUCUGACUCCCCGAAAGCAGCUGCAACUAGCGAUCUGCACUCUUCCAAGCCUGCUCCUGCUCAGGGUUUGAUCCUCUGAUUUGCUUCUUGUACAUACCUUCUUUGAAACUCUUGCAAAUUGUUUCCAUGUGAACCCCACCCUUUUAUCUGAUUGAAAUUAAUGUAACACUGGUUUUACUCGUUAGAUGCACAAUUUUGCAGUUGUUUCUUACUUCCAUAAGCAAGAUAAAAUGAAUGAUCUGAAAUGGUUUGUUUCCA